GGAAUGAGAUCGGAGAAGACAACUACUACUACCUCUAUUUUAAUACUUGGGUCUAUCACUAAUGAUUGUCUGUUUGCAAUUGUGCGCAGAGACCACAAAGCCAUAUGCCUAUUUUGAACAUGGGCUUCAUGAUGUUUUCUUUGACUUAGCUUCUUGAUAGCGUUCUUUUACACACACAAACAUUAAUUUAUUUUGUUUGACGUAAAUGCUGAGUUCAUUAGUAUGUACCUCUGAGGCCUCCCCAUGUUGUCUCUCUCUUGUUCAAGAUUCUGAAUUUUACUCGCUCUCUUUGACAAUACCAAAUCAAGAAAAGAAAAUACUAUUACGAAGUGGCAACCACGUUCCCAUUUGCCCACAUUUCAUGGCUUGUAUAGUACAGCUUUACCAUUCCUCAUGUUCCAAGAUUCCCACCUGUAACCUACAGUCGAAGAGGGUUAAUUAAGACUAGUUUUGGCUGAUUCUAAGCAAAUAUUGCGACUUUCAAUUUGAGGCAGCAGUAGUGAAGGUUUAGUUUUUAGGAAGAAGGUUUUUGCGUUCUUGGAUUACUGGCUAUUUGUGUGCAAAUGAGGUUUUUUUGAGAAAUUCCAAUGUGGAUUUGGGAGGUUUACUGCAUAAUUCUUUAUCAGAAUUGAGAUCUUUACUGAAAAUGGCCUCUCCAGGUUCCCCCCCUUCUUUUUUUCCAUUCCCAGUUUUCCCUUCAGCUUCACCUUCAAAUGCUACUUCUGGUUCACCUCCUGCUCCUCCUCCUGACUCUUCAGCUCCUCCUCCUCCUCCUCCUCCUCCUCCCGACGCUUCAGCUUCAGCUCCACCUCCUCCUCCUGACGCUUCAGCUCCUCCUCCUCAAUCCCCUUCUCCACCAGCUCCGGAUUCUCCUCCUCCAUCAGAGUCAAAAUCACUUCCGCCGGCAGAAUCUCCUCCACCCCCACCUCCUACAGAAGCGGCGCCACCGCCUUCAGCAUCUCCUCCGCCAAAGCCAUCAGUGUCACCGCCGCCACCACCACCUUCUCCUAAAGCUCCUCCACCAGCCAGUUCUCCACCCCCACCAUCAAAAGAUUCUCCUCCUCCUGCUCCUCCUCCUUCCCCACCUCCUCCGCCUCCAGCAGUUUCACCUUCUCCUCCACCACCAGUGAAACAUCAUUCACCACCCCCUGAUUCUCCACCUCCUGCACCUGUUGCAAACCCACCACAAAACUCCCCUCCACCUCCUGCAUUAGCGCCCCCUCCGGCCUCACUGCCAUCUACCCCUCCACCUAACCCCUUAACAUCUCCACCCCCUUCUAUUUCUCCUCCUGCACCCCCAAAUAAUACUUCUCCAGCUGGAGCUCCCCCUCCAUUACUUGUGCCUCGCCUUCCUACAGAGAAGCCCACUGCUAAAUCAACUAUCCCUAACCCUGCUAUCACUGCAGAUUCAAGUACCAGAAAUGGUGGGGGGAAUAAGACGGGAAGUGUGGUGGCAAUUGGUGUUGUAGCUGGGUUUUUGGCCUUUAGCCUGGUGAUUAUUGCUGUCUGGUUUACACGUAGACGAAAGAAAAGAGAGAGAUCAUUUAAUCUCAAUUACCUGGGACCCUCUCCAUUUGCUUCCUCACCAAAUUCAGAUACAUCAUUCCUGAGAUCAAGGUCUCAACAUUCCACUUAUCUAGCUCCAACUGGCUCGCAAAGCAAUUUUAUGUACUCUCCCGACCAUGGUGGUAUUGGAAAUUCAAGAUCAUGUUUCACUUACGAAGAAUUAUCUGAGGCAACAAAUGGAUUUUCUCCUGAUAGUGUUUUGGGUGAAGGUGGGUUUGGAUGUGUUUACAAAGGUGUUCUUAAUGACGGAAGAGAAGUCGCUGUCAAACAGCUGAAAAGUGGAAGUGGACAAGGGGAACGUGAGUUCAGAGCAGAAGUUGAGAUUAUCAGCCGUGUGCACCAUCGCCAUUUGGUUUCACUUGUUGGUUACUGUAUCUCAGAGCAGCAAAGGUUACUUGUCUACGACUAUGUGCCAAACAACACGCUUGACCAUCACCUUCAUGGUAAAGGCAUGCCAACUAUGGAUUGGGCUACCCGAGUAAAAGUAGCUGCUGGUGCAGCACGUGGACUUGCUUAUCUUCAUGAAGACUGUCAUCCCCGCAUUAUCCAUAGGGAUAUCAAAACAUCAAACAUUCUCUUGGAUAUCAAUUUUGAGGCACAGGUUGCAGAUUUUGGACUUGCAAGGUUAGCGGGUGAUGCCAGUAGUACACACGUGACAACUCGUGUGAUGGGAACCUUUGGAUACUUGGCACCAGAGUAUGCAUCUAGUGGAAAAUUAACAGAGAAGUCUGAUGUUUAUUCAUAUGGCGUUGUGCUUUUGGAGCUUAUUACGGGACGGAAACCGGUUGACCAGUCUCAGCCCUUAGGUGAUGAAAGCCUGGUUGAAUGGGCUCGACCUGUGCUUGCUCACGCACUUGAGACUGAAAAUUUUGAAGAUGUAGUAGAUCCUAGGCUUGGAAACAACUUUGUUGCGAGUGAGAUGUUCCGGAUGAUUGAAGCAGCUGCAGCUUGCGUGCGUCAUUCAGGCUCUAAGAGGCCUCGGAUGAGUCAGGUGGUUAGAGCUCUUGAUUCAAUGGAUGAGCUGUCGGAUCUGUCCAAUGGAGUGAAACCUGGGCAAAGUGGAAUUUUUGAGUCAAGGGAACAAUCUGCACAGAUAAGAAUGUUUCAAAAGAUGGCAUUUGGAAGUCAAGAGUACAGUUCAGAUUUCUUCAAUUACUCCCAAGGCAGCUACAGAAGUUGAGUUCUCAAUGACUCAUUAUCAAAAAAUUGCCCUUGACAAGUGGUUUUUCACACAGAGAUCUGACUUGUAAUUAAUUAACCUUGUGUAAAUCACUGUGAUAUUCUUUCUUUUUUGGUUAGUGUUGAAAUCUGCAUUCUUUUUUAUUCCUUUUUGUUGUCUUCACACGGCAAACAAUUGGUUUUGUAGCAUUCUGAAAUUCAACAUUCUGUUCAUACAAUGUAGAUAAUAUUAAUCAAGGGUCGUUUGACUGGGUACCAAA